CGCCAUUCGUUACUGCGGUCAAAAUAAAAUCCCCCUUCUCUCCCACUCCCACUCUCCAUCCUGCAUUUACCCCUUUCAUGUGGGACGUGUCCCCAUUAAUUUUAUAUCUCCCCUCUCAAUUUCUCUCUCACAGACCCCCCUCCAACUCUCUAUAACUUCCCCUCUCUUCCUUUCCCUGGUUGUACGAGAGAGGUAAAAGCGUUACAGAGGGUACUUCCAAUCGGUUUGUCAUGUCAGACCAUUUCCAUCUUCCCAAUCUCCGCCUCUCCCAGUUAUAAAUUUGUAUGUGCUCUCCUAACAGUGUUUUGGGACUAAUAAUGGAGAGCCUCCUCUGUGAUGAAAUAUGGCUUACCAGUCCUGUAACUCCUGACCCACCCUGUCGUGCACCCAUGCAACCCAAUUUCGACAUUCACGCUUCUUCAUUCUAUACCACUAAACAAGAUCGCGAGCAGGCUCUCGCUAUUUGUAUGCGCCAGGAGCUCAGUUACAUGCCUGAACCUGAAUACGCCCACCGUCUCCGGUUCGAUGAUAUGGGAAUCUCUAGGUUCAGGGUUAUACAAUGGAUCAUCAAGUCUCGUAGUCGAUUGAAUCUCUCUCUUGAAACAGUUUUCAGUGCUGCAAAUUACCUUGAUCGAUUUAUUUCAAUGAAUCAAUGGCAUGGUUGGAAAUACUGGAUGGUUGAAUUACUGUCAGUUGCAUGCUUAUCUGUUGCUUCCAAGUUUACUGAAUCCUUCACUCCUUCCUUUGACGAAAUCCAGAUGGAGGACCUGGAACACUCAUUUGAAUCGAGCACAAUCCAGCGGAUGGAAUUGACACUACUGCAAGCACUAGGAUGGCGCCUUCGCUCAACAACACCUUACACCUUUGCAGAACUUUUGUUAUGGAGUAUAGACUCCCUGCAGCCUCACCUUCACCAGGAGUUAAUCACCCGAGUCACCGACCUGCUUCUCCAUUCUCUUUCUGAUUCUAAAUUCCUGGAGUUCAGGCCAUCUGUUGUUGCUGUAUCUGCGAUACGAUGCUGUUCAGAAGAAUUACUUUCCUCAAAAUCAGAUGCCAGUGUCAUGACUUAUUUUACUGAUUUCAUUCCUCCAGAACAAAAGGGUGAUCUAGCAAGGUGCCAAAAGAUCAUGGAAUUGAGAAUGACUGAUCCACUGUACAAGAUAAAAGUCUGCGGGAACUCCAAAUACUGCCCUUCAAGUCCAAUAACAGUGCUAACAAUGAAGGGGACGAACACAUGUGAUUGUCACGUCAAUCUCUCUGUGUCAAAGAUGCAGUCAGGUUCAAACAUCAAUUUCAGAUCAAAUUUAAGGAAGCGAAUGAGGGAAGGACAUUGAAGAUGACGUUAGGAAGCAUUUUAUCAUAUCUUAUUUUGUUGUUGUACCAAGGCUUAUGAAGGAAAACUAAUCAAAGUUUGCCUGUUAAGCCUGCAACGAAGUUGCUACUGGUCAGAUUGAUGUGUGAUUCCACAUCUAUAUGGUUUGGUUCUUCAAAAAUAAAAAAUAGAAUAAAUUCCAGAACAGAAAGUUACUAAUAC